GGGGCGGCGGAGGGGCCAUGGCGGAGGCGGUGGCUGUGAGGGGGUCGGUUCCGUUGGUGGCGGCCGCCUGCCGGGCGCACGAAGCGGCUUUCGGGGGGCCGGCGUCGCUGGCGGCGUGGGCCCCCGGUCGGGUCAACCUCAUCGGUGAGCACACCGACUACAACGGCGGCUUCGUGCUGCCCAUGGCCCUGCAGCUGGGGACGGUGCUGGUGGGAUCCCCCAUGAAGGACAGGACCAUCUCCAUCCUCACCACCUCGGCAGAGGCAGACAAGCCACACUUGGUGCAGUUCCCAGCUCCCUGCCAAGGCAGCCCCCUGAGCCCAAGGCAGCCUCGCUGGGCCAACUACAUCCGGGGUGUCAUCCAGUACUAUCGGGGUGGUCCUGUGCCAGGCUUCAGUGCUGUGGUAGCCAGUGACAUACCCCUGGGCGGGGGCCUUUCCAGCUCAGCUGCGCUCGAGGUGGCUACUUACACCUUCCUCCAGCAGCUCUGCCCUGAUGAUGGUGAUUUGGUGGCCAAGGCGCUGGUGUGCCAGAAAGCAGAGCACACGUUUGCAGGCAUGCCCUGUGGGAUCAUGGACCAGUUCAUAUCUGUAAUGGGCAAGGAAGGCCACGCGCUGCUCAUUGACUGCAGGUCCCUGGAGACUGUCCCCGUCCCGCUGACUGAUGCCAGCCUGGCUGUGCUCAUCACCAACUCCAACGUGCGGCACACACUGACAGGCAGCGAGUAUCCCAUGCGCCGGCAGCAGUGCGAGGAGGCAGCAGCAGCGCUUGGCAAGACCAGCCUGCGAGAUGCCACCAUGGCUGACCUGGAAGCGGCCAGGAGCUGUCUGGGUGAGGAGGUGUACCGGCGGGCCAGGCAUGUCAUCAGUGAGAUAGCACGGACAGCACAAGCAGCACAAGCACUGCAGGACAGGGACUAUGGGAUGUUCGGGAGACUGAUGGUGGAGAGUCACAACUCCCUCAGGGAUGACUACGAAGUGAGCUGCCUGGAACUGGAUGAGCUGGUAGCAGCAGCCCUCGAGGUUGAUGGGGUUUAUGGCAGCAGGAUGACUGGGGGAGGCUUUGGAGGCUGCACGGUGACGCUGCUGGAGGCUGGGGCUGCAGAGAGAGCCCAGCGCCAUAUCCAGGAGAGCUACAGUGGCACAGCCACCUUCUACCUCACCAAACCCUCUGGAGGGGCAAAGAUGCUGCCUCUGUAGAGGAGCGACCACCUCGCCUGGGCUGGCAUCGCUGCAGCUGCUUUCCUGGCUUGCAAGGGAAUUCAUUUGUCUGUCUGCGUCAUUUGCCUAAUAAAUGCAGAACAUUUGCACAGUU